AUGGCCGAAGAAAUAUACGGCCAAGUACCGGAAGCACGAGUAACACCAAGAAGAGGUAAGGCGAAGGCGGUGAUGGAGGUUAUAGACGAGGGAGGUGCAAGCGCUCAACAGCAGGACGGAGCAACGAUAGAAUCAACGACGAACAGGAACGAGAAAGGUGAAACGCAAGCAAAGGAAAGGAGGAAGCCCAGAAAAUUGGAACGGCGAAGCGUCGUUCUCGAAGAGCCGGUUGUCACGCUCGACACGCGGGUCGAGAGGCUGGAGCGCCAAUUUCAAGCGCUCAGCAGCAGGGUGGAUGCAGUCGAGGAUAGGCAGAUGCGAAGGCCGACCACGAUGACAUACAGAAGAAGUUCAUCCACCUCCACGCGGGCGACGUCUGCUCCUCGAGCGCGAAGACGGACGGCUGCCCCACAACCCGGCGCCGCUGCCGCCGCCAGCUCUAUGGGACCCCGUCCGUCUCUCGCGGACCAGCUCCGAGAGAGCCAGCGUCUGCGUCGGAUAGCGCAGCGUCAAAGACGCGGCGAGACCAUUGAGGAAGUCCCCCGUGCGGACCUGACAUCGUCCCUCGAACGGACGCGCCAAGUAGCUCUCGCGGGCCAGUACCGCAUUCCGCUUCCCUCGAGCCUGACGGCCGAGGACGUGCUGAACCUCAAGAACGGGCUGAACGCUGCAGGAUCGAUCGCAAGGUCGCUAGCAAGUGCCUUGACGUCGUCCCGCGACGGCGGCUCAGGAACAGCAACUCCACGUGUUUCAACGGCGACCGUCUCCACUGCGGGACCGUCAAGAUCUCAUCGCGAAACCACAAGAUCGGCAGCGGGUCCUGCAGAUGGGAAAGGCGACAGUAGGAAUACCAAUCUCCCCGGCGGGAGUGCCAGUUCUGCUGCUGCCCAAGGAAAUGCAUCUUCCUCGCCCGGAAAUCGUCAGCCUGAAGGGAGGGACGUUGUCGGAGCGGAGAACGCGUCUAAAUCGUGGAAGUCGUUCAUCGCCUCGGCGGUUACGGAUCUCGUCACUAGCGCAGCAAAAGACGCAGCGGUCGAGAUUCAACAGGGCACUUCCCACAAGGCACCUAUGGACGCUGAUAGGGCCACUGAUGGAGGUUCAAUGAAGAAGGCUGAUUCACCAUUCGUGGGGACUGCAACAGAUGAGCUACGCGCCUCAGAAGGCGCGAAGAGCUACAAUACAAAUGCACGGGGAGGACGCAAAGGCUCGAGAACAUCAAGCAGGGCCUCUUCAUAUCGUGUCUCGUGA